AUGAAAUUAAGUGAAACGCUCUAUACUCAAUUAACCGAUCGUCAAAUGUCCAUUGACAAACGGCUGGAUCUUACAGAACAAUAUUGGCAUGUCGAUUCAAAACAAAUGAUAUUUGAUUGGUUAUCUGGUCUUGUUAUCAAUCGAAAAAAAUCAGGCUUGGAUUCUGUUGAAUUAGUUCAUCGAGUAUGGCGACAAUUAGUAUUUUGUUUACAAAAUCUGUCCAAGGAUCAAAUUUCUAUCAAAUCUUCGUUUAUCAAAGCUUUGACCGACACGCUAGAUAAUGAAAGUGGAGAAUCAAAUCAUUCUGCUGUCGAAUGUUGCUUACUUAUUGGAAAACAAGGCAAAGAACUCGAUUAUAAAUAUGAACAAUUAGUUGAAUUAUUACGGAUUGUGCUGAAUAAAUAUAAAGAACAUGAAGAAUUUUUGACAAUGAUUUUAAACAAGUAUUGGACCACUGUUCGUGUUCAAGGGAAUAUAAACAAGCGGUUAGCACUUUGGACUUUGAAUCCAGCGACCCCAGUUCAAAUCUGGCGGUUAGCACUUUGGACUUUGAAUCCAGCGACCCCAGUUCAAAUCUGGCGGUUAGCACUUUGGACUUUGAAUCCAGCGACCCCAGUUCAAAUCUGGGUAUUUCUCGAUUUAUGCAAACAAUUGCUGGCACCUUUAUUGGACAUUCGUAGAAUCUAUCCAUCACUAUCAGUUCUGAUCGAUGACAUUCUCAAAUACAUCGUCUUUCAUAGAACGUGGAGUACUGCUUAUCGUGACUACAUACAGUCAUUAUCAACCAACAAAACUAUAUCUUGUCCAGUUUCGAUUUUAUUUACUACGAUUGAGUCGCUCGUCAUUUCAGGUAAUUCAAAUGUGAUCAAUUUUCUCCCGUUGGUCUUCCGUCAUUGUAUUAAUCUAAUUGAUUCGGAAAAAACGUCGGAGGUAUUUGAGCUAUUAUCACAAAUGAAUCAUUGGCUGGAACAAAUUUCCAAUGAUAAUCUCUACAUUGAUGGCAUCCGUCAAUUACUUGAAAUUCUCGACGAGAAACAUCUCAUUGACCAGUUGCUAAACGAUACACUUACCGAAAGGAUCACUAACUGGAUGAAAGAUAUUCUUUUCAAACGUCAGAUCCCAAGCAAAUCGGAAAACUACGCUCGUCUAUGUAUUGUUUGUCUCCAUCUUCAUCCGACAUUGAUCGAAACAAACCUAUCUGAACUAAUCAAAGAUUUUCUCGAUUCGAAGCAGUCACUCACCGUUUUUCUCAACGGUUACAUUGAUCUAUAUGCACACAUGCGUUCAUUAGCUAAGUUACCUAAACGUUUGACCAUGGCAUUUGAUCAAUCGGUUCUUCUUCCAAGCAAUGUUACAACACAUUAUCGAAAACGUAUCUCCGAAUGUACGCAUACAUUAAUCGACGAAAUCUGGUCAUCACUAUUAGAUCAAUUAGAGAAUGGUAAAAAGCAUUUGAUUAUUAUUCAGCUGAUCGGUGCUCUACUCGACGGAUAUCGAUUAUUUGAUUUGAAUAUUCCACGUGCGACUCUAAUACAACAAACUCAAUCGAAAUAUGAUCGAACAUUAGAGAAAUUACGACAACAAGUGAAUGAAAAUAUGUUAACUUCACCGGAUCCAAGUUAUCGCAUAUGUUUGCUUCAAUGUUAUCUUUCAUUGGGAUGGUUUUCUCUAUGCCUACUAUCAUUUUCAUCAACCACUCCCCCGGUCGAUGAUAUUCUCAAUCACAAUGGCUUAUUACUAUCGCAUAGUCAAUGGGCAGCAUUGCAAACGGAUUCUGAUCUUCACUCGAUCUUGUUUUCAUUGGCUUGUCAGCGUUUAUAUCGUUCGCUGGCUGUUGACGAAAAGACAAUCGAUCCAAGCUUAGUGGACAAUUUGAUUGAUUUAUCAUCAUUCUCGUCGACAACAGUGUUUGAUCAACUCGAGCCUUUCUUUGACUUUCUUUCAAAAAGUAAACAAAUGAAAUUAAUCAAAUUGUUUAUCAAACAGAUCAUUGACCAUCCGAAUCAAAACCGUGCUUGGUUUAUAACAGAUGAGAGUCGUCUUCGAUUAGUUGUUCAAGCAAUGAUCGAACAUGUUAUUGAAACAAAUGCACAUGAUGAUUCUCAAGCAAGAAAACGACGAAAAAUCGAUUGGGAAGAACAUAAUGAUGACUCGUUCUAUGACUUUUUAUCAACGAAAUCCUGUACAAUCGACGGGAAAAUUCUUUCGAUCUUCUCCUCGAUUAAUUUCGAUGUUAUUCAAACGCCAACAAUAUUAAUCUCCAUCGGUUGGCUUGCAUUGAAAACCUCUCCUGCAUCCUUAGAAUCGAUGCAGAUUCUUCUUGAUAUCAUUCGCUCGACAAAAGUCCUCCCGAUAUCUUUCAUAUCUCAUUUACUUGAUUUUACUUUAACAACCAAUAACGAGCAAAUGAUCGAUGGAGUUCUAACAAUUUUGUCGACAAAUUUAACGUACCAAUCAAUCGUGAAAACAAAGGCGAAUGCAAUCAUUGAGAAAAUGAAAUCCGAAGAAGAUUUUCAAAAUAUUCGUUUAUUAGAGAAGCAUCUUCUCUUGUUCCAUCAUAGUCGAAAGUUAAUUUCUUCGAAUGAUCUUUGUAUAGUGAUCGAUCGGUUAUUAAAUUCAUCUUCACCUUCAUCCAUAUCCUAUUCAACAUUGGAUACACGAUACGUUCUAGCCAUAAUUAUCCUGAAUGGUUUGACAUCCUACGAAAAAUAUCUGAAAUUCCUUCAACAAACAUGGAAGUCAUUAAUUCGAGACAUGAACGAAAGCAAUCAGUUUAAACAAGUGGUUAUCGCUUAUGUGAAACAAUGGGAACAUGUUUUGAAAUCUCAAUCGACAAUUGAGGAUAUCGAUGCUUUGGUUAAAUGCUUGAAUGAUCGACAUGAACUGAUUUCUAAAGUAAUUCAAUCAAUGGAAUUAACACAAUUUCAACAAUGGAUUGAAAAUAGUAUUCAACAUAUUAAAAUUCCCUUAAAUGAUCACGAGGAUGAUAUUCAAAACUGUCAUCAAGCACUUCUGUUGUUACAGACAUUAGCUCGUUGUUCGUUGAGCAAAGAGUUGAAUGCUUAUUUAAUGACCAUCAUCGAUUCGGUUAUAACUCAAUGCGGACCUUUACUGAUACAUCUUCCACAUGAAUUCUCUCGUUAUUCUCAAGUUGUCUCUUUUGUAUUGACAUUUUCAAAUGACAUUGUAGCUGCAAAGAAGUCUCAACUACGUUCACAAGUUGCCUUGAGUCUACUUCAAUGUUGUCUUCAUCUACCACCCAACAUUUUCUUUGUCAAUCAUUCGAAUAUCUGUAAACUUGUUUCCUUGCUGAUCAAACAUCACACAGUAACAUUGUGCAAACAUGUUCCAACUAUUGAAACAAUUCUCAAACUACUUCUUCAGUCGAUUGUCUCGCAAGCGAAAGAAAAUCAAGCAACGAAUGAAGAAUUAAUCGAAGCAGCACGCGAUAUGACCAAAUUGUCUGCACAUCUGAUCGAACAAUGCAAAGAAGAUUUCCGUUCAACGAUUGUUUAUGUUCUUAUCGAUUACGUCCACCUUUUGUCAAAAGGUGUUUACAUUUCAACUGGUUUAAAAAAAACAUUGAAUGGCGUUGCUUUCGAAUUGUUUCGCAUAAGUGGCGAACGUGUCGAACAGUACAGCGGUCAGAUGUCGAUUGGUGAACGUGAAUUACUCAAACAAUUGCAUCAGCAAUUUAAACAAUAUCACAUGUUUAAAGGAGCUGUCUAA